AUGUUUGAUGCAGACGAUGGUGUCAAAGCGUCUGAUUCGCUCUCCAAUAGCUACCUCGGCAGGCUACCACAGGAAUUGCGAGACGAGGUUUACAAGCAUUACUUCACGGCGCGUGGUGGCUAUCGCAUCGAUCCCACCACGAACACCUUGCGUGCAGUUGAUGGAGAUCCCAUCAAUCUUUCAUUGAGAUCAACAUGCCACACGAUCGCAAAAGAGACGGAAGGGUUAGCGCUCCAAUACAACACCAUCCACGCCACGACUGCCGAAGAGAAGCGCUUCGCAAGGGCAGCUUACAACUCGUGGAGAGUAACAAAGGGGCAUUCCUUCGAUCGUCACAAGGCUCUGGUGAAGCUCUCUAGAUGCAUUACCCCAAGUGUAGCCGAUGAGAUCCUGGAAGGCUUCCCUCAGUAUAGGGACGCGCUGCAGGAGUUGAUAGCAAACAGAAAUAGGGAGGGGUCAGGUAGGGAAUACAUGCGCUGCACUCCUCCCACAGCUACAGAAGCCUGGUCUACGGAGCUGAAGUUCGUCUCUCGCGCCGUGAAAAUAAUGAAAGAGCGCUUGGAUCUCCCCGGUACACUCUUCAGAGCUAUAAGCCAACUGCAUUUCUGGGUGCUAUCAGAGACCGACCCGGAGCAGCAAGCGCCCUGUUGGGAAUUCCAGAGGAAAACGAACCCUUUCGAAAUCGCUUUCAGCCGGAUCGAUGGAAGGCCUGUUAUGAAGGAAUAUAAACCGUCAUCCUGCUCUUCCGCAGCGGCCGUGGCAAUACGAUUCUGGAACGCCCUCGACCCGAAGACCCGCAAACAAAUCCGACGAUUCGACAUAGACGAGGAUAGGCGCUCCAAAUUCUUCCCCAUGUGCCAUGCGAAGGGCUUCAUCCCGUUGUGGCGAGAGAACCCAAAACUUCGCAUCAAUCGUCGCGUCAAUCUCAUGAAUACUAUUGUCGAAGAAGCUCGUCAACCUCAUAUGAAAGCUUGGCAUCGGCAGCAUGCGCAUCAUGCAGACAGUAGGUGCUGUGGAAGCUCAAAGCUCAAGAUCAAGGCUGACAAGCGCACAGAACUGAAGACACUUUGGGAUUGGAUCGCCGAGGUCAAAGCACUACAUGCUGCAUUUGACAUACCCAAGGGGGUUUUCGGUCUCAUCUUUUAUUCUGAAGCGUCGCCUGAAGACACUAAAAAGAUAGUUGACGUUAUGCAAGAAGCGGCAGCCUGGCAGAUGGCGCUCGACAAAGUAGCGAAGAGCGGAAACGCAGGUAACAUGCAUGCUCUUGGGUUCAACUACUCUGAUUACCUUUGGGACCCACGCGGGCUGGCGUGGCAGGAGUUGCAAGAUAUAUCAAAGGGUUCCUCGGUGAUCAAGUGCGACUUUGAUAUGGGCCAGUCUGUGGACCCAAAGGACUUAAGUAUUGACAAAUGUGACAUCCUCAAUUAA